AUGGAGACAGUUGUAGGUGGAGGCCCCAGUGCAGGAGACAGUGCAGACAGCGCAGGUGCAGACAGUGCAGGUGCAGACAGCGCAGGUGCAGACAGUGCAGGUGCAGACAUUGCAGGCGCAGACAAUGCAGGUGCAGACAUUGCAGGCGCAGACAAUGCAGGUGCAGACAUUGCAGGCACAGACAGUGCAGGUGCAGACAUUGCAGGUGCAGACAGCGCAGGUGGAGACCCCAGUGCAGGCACAGACAGUGCAGGUGCAGACAUUGCAGGCACAGACAAUGCAGGCACAGACAGUGCAGGUGCAGACAGCGCAGGCACAGACAUUGCAGGCACAGACAGCGCAGGCACAGACAUUGCAGGCACAGACAAUGCAGGCACAGACAGCACAGGUGCAGACAGCGCAGGUGCGGACAGUGCAGGUGCAGACAGCACAGGCACAGACAGUGCAGGUGCAGACAAUGCAGGCACAGACAACGCAGGUGGAGACCCCAGUGCAGGCACAGACAAUGCAGGCGCAGACAAUGCAGGUGCAGACAGCGCAGGUGCAGACAGCGCAGGCACAGACAUUGCAGGCACAGACAGUGCAGGCACAGACAGUGCAGGCACAGACAUUGCAGGCACAGACAGUGCAGGCGCAGACAGUGCAGGUGCAGACAGCACAGGCACAGACAGUGCAGGCGCAGACAGCGCAGGCACAGACAGUGCAGGUGCAGACAGCGCAGGCACAGACAGUGCAGGUGCAGACAGCGCAGGUGGAGACCCCAGUGCAGGCACAGACAGUGCAGGCACAGACAGUGCAGGCACAGACAUUGCAGGUGCAGAGAGCACAGGUGGAGACCCCAGUGCAGGCACAGACAGUGCAGGUACAGACAUUGCAGGCGCAGACAGUGCAGGUGCAGACAGUGCAGGUGCAGACAGUGCAGGUGCAGACAUUGCAGGCGCAGACAGUGUAGGUACAGACAGUGCAGGUACAGACAGUGCAGGUGCAGACAGCGCAGGUGCGGACAGUGCAGGUACAGACAUUGCAGGCACAGACAGCGCAGGCACAGACAGCGCAGGCGCAGACAGCGCAGGUGCAGACAGUGCAGGUGCAGACAGCGCAGGUGCGGACAGCGCAGGUGGAGACCCCAGUGCAGGCACAGACAGUGCAGGUGCAGACAGCGCAGGCGCAGACAGCGCAGGUGCAGACAGUGGAAGUGCAGACAGUGCAGGCACAGACAGUGCAGGCACAGACAUUGCAGGUGCAGACAGUGCAGGUGCAGACAGCACAGGUGGAGAUCCCUCCUGCAUCUGA